GUUCGUAUUCUUCAAUUAUGGCCUUGAUCCAACCCAUCAUAUUCUCACCUAAUACCGAGUGGGAUACGAGUUUGCUCCGAAACUAUUGCUAACAAAUCCACCCCACGAAUGGCGAUAAGCAUUUAAAGCUCUUAUCGACCCCGCACUACAUUUUAGCAAGGGGCCGUCGAUGAUAUCAAUGAGUUAUCGUUCCACUCUUUAUUGCCGCAUUUUCUCCUCUGCUUCAUCGUUUUUGGAAUAUUACUCGAAACCUUAUUUAUACUUAUCUGGAUAUCAUCUCCAGAUUACAUUUCACAAUGGCGAAGUGGGAAGAAAUUGCAGCAGAUAAGAAGAAGCGCAUUGCGGAGUCCAUCCCACAAGAAUGGCGUAUCAAAUCAAAACCUACAGAUGUGUCUGUAAUGACAUAUCCAAAAGAGAGUGGUAUUAUGUCUGCUGAAGACCUUGCUAUCACAGAAUCCACAGCAGUGGACUUGGUAGCCCAGAUGGCUGCUGGAUGGUUGACCUCAGUAGCUGUCACGACAGCUUUUCUCAAAAGAGCUGCUCUAGCUCAUCAGCUGACGAAUUGUGCUCUCGAAUUCUUCCCAGAGAUAGCACUGGCACGUGCGAAAUCGCUCGACGAAGCUUUGAAGAAAGAUGGUAAACCUGUCGGACCUCUCCAUGGGCUUCCUAUUUCUUUGAAAGAUCAAUUCAGAAUUAAGGGACUUGAAACUUCGAUGGGAUAUGUAGCUUGGAUCGGGAAGUACGAAGAUGGAAAUUCCAUCCUAGUUGACCUUUUGGAAAAAGCGGGAGCAGUAUUCUAUGUCAAGACGAGUGUUCCUCAGUCCUUGAUGGUCUGUGAGACUGUCAAUAAUGUGAUUGGACGAACGACCAACCCACGCAAUAAGAACUGGUCAUGUGGUGGAUCAUCUGGUGGUGAAGGAGCGAUGGUUGGUUUCCGGGGCGGAAUCAUCGGAGUAGGGACAGAUAUCGGCGGAAGCAUACGAGUGCCAUCGGCGUUCAACUUCCUCUACGGUCUGCGUCCUUCUCACGGACGGCUGCCUUACGGCAAGAUGGCAAACUCCAUGGAGGGCCAAGAGACUGUUCAUAGUGUCUGUGGACCUUUGACGCAUUCAGUGGCAGACAUGCGCCUCUUCGUUCAGUCUGUCUUAGCCCAAGAGCCUUGGAAAUAUGACUCAAAGGUCAUUCCAUUGCCUUGGAGAGGAGUAGAAGCAGAAGCUGUGAACGCAAAAAUAGCUUCUGGUGGUCUAACUCUUGGUUACUACAAUUGUGAUGGCAAUGUCCUACCCCACCCUCCAAUCCUUCGAGGUAUCGAGACUGUAGUCUCAACGAUGAAGAAAGCUGGACAUACAGUGUUCCCUUGGAAACCGUACAAGCACGACUAUGCCGUUAACCUGAUAAAUGGAAUAUAUGCAUCUGAUGGAGGAACUGACGUCUUCGACACCUUGAAAGAGUCUGGAGAGCCAGCUAUACCCAACUUUGCAGAUUUGAUCAACCCCGAUCUCCCCAAGAUUGACAUGAACGAGCUUUGGAGCGUGCACCUGAAGAAAUGGGCAUUCCAAUGCGAGUAUCUCGAGCAAAUUCGCCUGAUGGAGGAACAACUCGGGGAAAAAAUUGAUGCAAUCAUUGCGCCAAUAACACCGACGGCUGCAAUACGACACAAUCAAUUCAAAUAUUAUGGCUAUGCGAGCGCGAUAAAUCUUCUCGAUUUCACCAGUGUCGUGGUUCCUGUCACGUUCGCAGACAAGAGCAUCGAUAAGAAGGCCGAGGAUUACAAACCUAUUUCUGAGAUUGAUAAGACAGUUCAAGCAGAAUAUGAUCCAGAAGCAUAUCAUGGCGCACCUGUGGCUGUGCAGAUCGUGGGAAGGAGAUUGACUGAGGAGAGAGUUAUGGCCAUUGCAGAAGAGAUUGGAAAGUUACUUGGGAAUGAGAUUACACCAUGAUUGAUAUUUGGAUAUAAUUAUGGGUUUGACAUGCCAAAGAUGUAACAUAAUUCCUUUGACUUGCAAGCUCUUUUCUCUUUCUAUGUACCAAUCUUACCUCCUUUUGGCUAAGCGAGAUUCGGAAUUGUAAUUUGGGACCGUUCAGUUGAGGGCAGAUGAUUAAUCUCUAGUUACUGUUAAUUAUUGUGAAAUUUAUCGUGUCUCUUGAU